AUGAUACCGGCGAGGCACCUAGAAUACUACGUGACUGAGUGGGUUAUUGCAUCUCUGGAGGCAAUUGUAGCUCACCGGUUGUUCCCACAUAUUGGCUCCCCCUCUUGUAAGCCUGUAAAUCUUCUUCGGCCAACACACGUCUCCGAUGAGUUGCCAUUGCCCUUCCGCUGCAAUGACCGUUCCGUGCGGGAUAUACAUCCACCAAAUGACGGCUCACGAAAUGUUGCUACUUCUUAUAAGAACAGUAGUAGACAAAACAGGAGAGCUUGCCUUUACUCGGUGGACUUCAUUCCUGAGUCUGCCCGACACUUUCGCAUUGAGAUUCCUCAAAUUGAGAGUCUGAGGGCCGCUCUGCUCUGCGAUCCAAAGUUCAGUCUGCAUCAUUCUUGGCAGCUUCGCGUUGUCGUUUACUUACUUGUGCCAGUGGUUCGUCCUUCUAACCAAGGGUACUCCAGGAGCGGUUCUUCGUCGUUGAGGGCCAACGGUGCGAAAUCCAGUGAGAGCGACUUGAACGAAACGGACUCGAAUAGAGCGUCGACUGAGUGCCAUUUUCUCGAGCAUAAUUCCCUCACAUCGUUUCUGCAUGGUAUCAGUAUUUAUCCCGAAACGCAAGGGAAAGUGUUGCCGUUGCUUGCUCUUCAUUCUUCAACAAGAGAGAGCCAUAGUCAUCUCAACCUAGAAGAGUGGAUUCUGAAUUUCCACCCGUCGGUCACAUCUGAUCGUCACGCAAAGUUCGAGCAGAGAAAGUUGUGCACAGCUUUGAAGGGUUUGCUGGCGACUCUGCAUUUCCUUCCGGCGCAUUCAGCUCUCCUGGCUCUUGCGAACACCGGAAAAGCAAAGCGCAGAGAAGCUCAGCAGAUGUACGUGGAGACGCACAUCUUCGCUCGUUGGCGGGGGGGAGACUCCCACGUGCGGCAUCGGCGGAGCCACUCUGCUACUCCCUGGACGCCUUUGGUUUCUUACAGAUCGGAUUUAGAAGACUCCUUGGUGUGUCGAUCUCCUGAUGAAAGCUUUGGAGGUGUAGCGGCAGGAAACCCAAGCUGGUUCCCACCAGAGGAGAGCUUAAAUUCUUCUCCUCCGCUGCGCAGCAUCGCACGCUCUUGUGCUGCAGGGAGUUCCUCUCAGCACCAGUCGUAUUCAUGUACAGUCCUCCCCGAGCCACCAACUGCUGCCCCCUUGAGUUCCUACUCGUGUACGCAGGAGGCAGCAGCAGCAACAGCAGUAGCAGAGCCAACUUGCAGCAACACCGAGGCCCUCCACUACCCCUCACGGCGGUCCAUCCGCAACACCAACAGCAGCUAUGCGCGAAAGUGUCGGCGGCAUGGGGCUGAGCUUCCGAGAGGUGAAGAGGGUUCUCUUCCUGUUCCUUGCUCGGGAUGCAGCGGCAGCAGCUGCAGCAGUUGCAGCUUCAGUUGCUGCUCUUCAGGCGGAGGAAAUGAUGGCCGGAGCAGCCUUGCCCAGCGAAACAAAGAAAGGAAGAAAAAGUGCACAUUUCUUUCACUUGCAACAUCUCUGGGCACGCUGGAGUGUACUGUCACGUACAGUGAGGAGUUGGCGGAAGACAUCGUUGCUUCAGGGGAAUUGGACUCAGGUGACGGCUGCCUUGAAGGUUUUCAGCCGAUAGCAGCCCCCUCCCUUUCCGAGAGAAGAGGCCUAAAGAGCAGCAGCAGCAACAGCAGCAGCAGCAGCAGACGGUGUGACCCUUUGCUAGAGGGCUCCAUAGCGCCUGUUUCCGACUCCGACAUUUGGUUGGAGAUGCACUGCAAUUGCCCUGAAGGGAUUGGGGGCCAAGCUUCUGCAGCAGAUAAUUUUUUCUCAAGAGAAACGUUUGCUGCGUCAGACAUAGACCGGCCUGCUGCUGCUUCUGUCGCUGCUGUUGCUGGUGCUGCUGCUACGCCUGCUGCUGCGCCUGCUGGUCCGUUUCCUUCUCUUUCUCUAGCAGCGGCCCCGACGUAUGGGCGGAGUGGGGGCGGCAUCUGGCAGGGGUUGCUGCAACGGCUGGCUUUAAGGCGUUCAUACCGCGUGCCUUCUUUCCCUAUGUACAGUUUGGGUCUCGGGCCUUUGCUAGAGCGUUGUCCGCCUCGGGGCGUGCUUAAGAUUCCGGCAGCAGCAGCAACAGCAGCAGCAGCAGCAGCUGCUGCUGCUGCUGCGGCGCGAGGUUGCCUCAGCAGGAAAGGAGAGGAACCCGCAGGGCCCCGUUUGCGUCCCUGCAUGCAAACAGCUGCUGCCGCCCGCAAUGGCGCUGGAGCAGCUUGCUCAGCUCUUCUUCCCUCGCAGCGGAAAGCCAGCAGCGGCAGCAGCAACAGCAGCAGCGGCAGCGGCAACAGCAGCAGUAGCAGCAGUAGCAGUUUAGAGUGCAAUGGGACAGCGGAGGACGUGUUGGAUUUUGGUGGGGGUAUUGGCGUUGGUUCUUCGGUUUGCAGUUCUUUGUUUAUAGACAGCGAUUUAAGUCGUUUAGAAGAAGAACUGCUAAUAGCAGAAGACGCAGGAGGGCUGAACAAAGGACUGCAGUUGGAUUGCCGGCUUUCAAGUGAUGAUUUGCUGCCAUUUAGCUCGUUGUGGCUUUCCAGCAGACAACAGCAUCUUUGUCAGCAGGAAGGAGAAGCUAAUAAGACUCGUGUUGCUUCUGCUUCUUCUUCUUCUUCUUCCGCUUCUUCUUCUUCCUCCGCUUCUUCUUCGUCCUCUUCUGCUUCUUCGCCUGCCUCAGGCCCUGCCGCUGCCUGUUUGAAUUUUCUUAACGAACAGCAAAUGCAUGCAAUUGAAAUGAAGAUCAGAGAACUCCUGAAGGGGGAGGACAUUUUGGGUUUGCAUCCGUGUUCGCCUGCUUCUUUGUCUGGUGUUUCGUCUUCUUCUUGUUCUUUCUCUUCUUCUUCUUCCUCUUCUUCUUCGGCCUCGUGCUCUUUGUCUUCUUCCCCUUCGGCUUUCCCCUCUCCGUUUCAUCUCUCCAACUACCUGUCUGCUGUCUUGAGGGCGUUGGAGUCAUUUGCAAGAAACCCGCUCAUAGCAAUAUCAGAAAACGAAGACAGCAGCUGCUUCAGCAGCGGGCUGGGACCUGGGACAUUUGGCUUGCAGCCGCAUCAUCAAUACAACGCCAAUUACAGCAAAUCACUAGUGCUAAACGAAACCGUGAAAAGUGUUCAGCCUACAGGAGAUCAGCAGCGCACGCAGGAGCAACAACAGCAGCAACAGCACCAACAACAGCACAAGCAACAUCCACAGCAUCCACUGAAGCAUCAACAGGAACAGCAACAACAGCAGCAGGAACAGCAACAGCAACAGCAACAGCAUCAACAGCGGCAACCACAACAGCAGCAACAGUUGCAUCAGCCUCAUCAGCAAGAGCAGCAGGGCAGAGGGCUGCCUCGUCUUGUCAGUCUGUUAGCGGCAACAUUGGGCGCAGAAUAUCAGGAGAAGAAACUCCAGAAGGAACUUCUCUACGAAAAUUUGGAUCUACGGCAAAUUGAAAGAGGCUGCUGGCUCUGGAGUCACAGAACAGGGGGAGACUGCUGCUGUAUAGACAGUUCAGUUGGAGACAAAUACGAGAAAGAGAAAGGAAAGGAAGAAGACGCAGGCAGAGAAAACAAAGCUAACGAAAACAAUGAAGAGUACAAAGAGAUAAGGAGAGAUAAACGUGCAUCGCAGUACAAAGGCGAAUAUAGGCACACCGACGAAACCGAAGACAAAGGCAAAACAAAAGAACAAGAAUAUAUAGAAAACGACAAAGAGAGAGAAGGAAAUAGAGAGCUCAGAAUGAACCUACAGGACGAUGCCUUCUCGCCCAUCUCCCCUCUUUGUUUAUACCCAACGGAAACGUUCAGCUGCUGCCUUAGACCGAGUGAAGCCUUUUGGAUGCUUGAAGAGGCAGUGAAAGUGUUGAUGGAGGCACACCAAGAGUGGCCUUGCAGAGGAGAAAGGGAUGAAGAAGAAAAAGAAAAAGGAGAAGAAGGAGAAGACGAAGAAGACGGAGAAGAAGGAGAAGAAGAAGGAGAAGAACAAGAACAGGAACAACAAGAACAAGAGCGAGAACAACAACAGCGACGACAACGACAACAACAACAACAACAACAACAACAACAACAACAACAACAACAACGGGAAAAACAACAACAGCGGAGAGAAAGCGAAGGCGAGGAGGAAAACGAAGAAGAAGAAGGAGUAGAAGAAGCAGCAGCAGCAGAAGAAGAAGGAGAGGAAGAAGAACAAGACGGACACGAACAGCAAGAAGAACGAGACGAAGAAGAAGAACAACAGCAAGAGCAACGACAACAAGAAGAACACGACGAACGAGAAGAACAAGGAGAAGACGGAGAAGUGCGGGAAGAAGCGGAGGAAGGAGAAGAAGCAAAGGAACUGAAAGGAGAAAAAGAAGAAACAGAAGAAAGGAAAAAAGAGGAAGAAGAGGAAGCAACAGAAGAAAAAGAAAAAAAGGAAGAAAAGGAAGAAAGAGAAGAAAAACAAGAACACCAAGGAAGGAAAGAAACGGCAAAAAAGGAGGGAAAAGAAGAAAAGGAAGGAAAGGAAGGAAAACAAGAAACGGAACAAAAAGAACAAGAAGACGAAAGAGGGGAAAAGGGGAAGGAGGAGGAUUAUCGCGAACGAUCAUACAAACGAAACGACAAGAAAGAAGACAAAACUGCAAACAAUGAACGCACAGAAUUGAAGGAGAAAAACCAAGAAAAAGACUCAGCACGAUAUGCAGAAAAAAAAGAAGAUAAAAACAAAAGCGAAGCCAAACAAAAAGAACGAAAACAAGACGACGAAGAAGAACAAGAAAAAGAACAAGAAGAAAAGGAAAAAGAAGAAAAAGAACGAGAAGAACAAGAACACGAAGAAAAAGAACAAGUAAAAAAAGAACACGAAGGAGAAGAAGACGAAAAGGAGAUAAAGUGGUUUGAUGCAAUCGGAGAAAAUGAAGCAAAUGGCAUUAAUGAAGUGGAAAUUUGGAAAAUCCAACCAAAGACAGGAAACGAACAAAAAACGAAAAGAGAGAAACCCCAGAGAAUAAACAGAAAUAAACAAAUACAGAAACAAGUACAACAACAAAUGCAACAGAGAGAAGAACAGAAACAAAAUCAAAACAAGCAGCAAGAGCAGCAUCAAAUGCAGAAACAACAAAGAGAAGAACAAGCAAGAGAAGAAGAUAUGGAGUUUUUCUUCAAUUCUUCUGUUGGCCCUUUAGAGGAGAUGACCGAACUUCUGCAGGGAUUUGAGGUAAAUAAGCAACUACAAAAAAUAUAUCCUUUUUAG